ACCUUAUUGAAAAUUUUAUCAGAAACUGAGUGCUUUCGGAAGCUAUUUCAUUCAUAAGCAUUAUCAUCAUGGCCGAUGUUUAGUAAAAAUGCGAUUGUUAAUACACGUAUUGUUUCUUUUUUUAUUUUUAAUUCAUGGUCAAUGCUCGGAUGAGAAUCCGACUUCAGAUGUAUCAACCACACAUAAUGAAGGUAGUAAGACAGUUGAAGGGAAAGCAGAAGAGUUGGCUGAAUCUGCCUCAGAUAUUCAAUCAGAAUCAGGAGCAGUCAAUCAACCUCCACCGCCACCGUUACCGCAGUCACCACUAAGCACACGGCGUCCAAAUGAUCGUCGCAAAGCUCGCGAUCGUCGUCAUAAAGCGGCGGUUAAACUUCGUAAAAAGAAAGGCAGGCGAGCUCGUCAUCAUGCCCCAAAAGGACCGCGCUUACGUAGAAUCCAACGUAUUCGUCGUCGUUAUAAAGCAAUGGCAAAAAGACGUGGAAAAAAACAUUAGGUAACUGAGCCAUGGUAUCACUUUUCUAGCUUUUCGGAAUAAAGUAGGUAAGCAUGUAUCUACUGAUAAUUGACAUGAUCGUAUUAACUUUCCUUCCAUCGACUGUAUCAAAAAAAUAUAAAUCACUAACCAAAUCGAUUUAAAAAAAUUCUCUCGAGAUAAAAAUGGGCCAAAAAAAGGUUCUGGAAGAAAAUUGCCUACCUACUUAAUUCCCUCCCAAUUUUCGCAUUUCAAGUUUACCCAUCUCUAUCUAUUAAAUACACAGUUCCAGUACCAUAUACCUAAGUAAUUGGCUCUUAUCCUAAAAAAAAAAUUGUCGCAUCAUCAGGAGAAAAUAAUAAAGGUACAUUUUUUCUAUA